AUGUCGGGGUUGGUGCCUAGUAUCCAGAAAAGCACGGUGUUCUUUUGUAAUGUCCCAAGUUAUAUAAAAAGUGCUAUUCUGAACAUUAUGCCGUUUAAGGAGGGAUCCUUGCCUGUGCGUUAUCUUGGUGUGCCCCUUAUUUCAUCGGGGCUCUUUUAUAAAGACUGUAGUACUUUGAUGGACAGUCUUGACAAACGAAUCAAGCAUUGGCGUAACAAACUGCUCUCGUUUGUUGGAAGAUUGCAGCUCAUUAUUUCCGUCUUGUCUUCUAUGCAUAUUUUCUGGUCGUCUGUCUUUCUUUUGCCGAAUAGAGUCAUUCAUGAAUUGGAAGCAAAGAUGAGGAAUUUUCUGUGGUCCCAAGAUGUUGCGUUCCAAAAAGGUAAAGCGAAGGUGUCUUGGAAAGUCGUUUGUCUUCCUAAGUAUGAAGGUGGUUUGGGAAUUCGGCGAUUAGGGGAUGUAAACAAAGCUCUCAUGACUAAUCAUAUUUGGAGUAUUGUCACGAAGAGAAAUUCGUUGUGGGUGGAGUGGGUGCACAGCUACAGGUUAAAAGGUAAAAAUUUCUGGAUUUCAAAGAUUAUUUCGAAUAGCUGCUAUUCUUGGAGAAAACUUCUUCAGCUUAGACCGCAAAUGAGACAAUAUUUUUGGUCGGAUAUCGGAGAUGGUACUAGGACCUCGGCUUGGUAUGAUUCUUGGUGUGAGCUAGGGCCGCUUGGGAAUUUCAUCUUGCCUAGAACCAUUGCUAAUGCAGGUUUUCGGCUUGAGGAUUCUGUGUCUCAAAUCCAGUUAAAUGGAGAGUGGAAAUGGCCGGUUGCUUGGAGGGAUUUAUUUCCAGUCUUAAUUCAGCUAGAUCAAUUCCACAUUACUCCGAACAAACUUGACAGAGUCAUGUGGCGAGAUGGUAAUGAUAGGAACGAUUUUUCGACCUCGUGUGUGUGGAAUUCGAUUCGGUAUAAGGAAACGGAAGUAGAAUGGAGUACUAUCGUCUGGUUCACUCAAUGUAUACCGCGGCACGCGUUUCUCAUGUGGCUGAUCAUGCGAGGCAAAUUACUCACGCAGGAUAAAAUUCUAAACUGGGAUUUAUCUCGUCGGAAAAAUAUGAACAUGAUGUGUUGUUUAUUAUGCUAUGCUAAUCACGAUUCCCAUAGCCAUUUGCCUAAUCACGAUUCGGCAAAAGUUUGGGAUAUGGUGAAACGAAAGGUGGGUAUGGAUUCGGUUCAACCCAAAUGGGCAGAUAUUGUGGAUUGGUUGCUUAUUCGGUCCAAAUCUAAGCUAGCUACGGAUUAUGUGGCUAGAGUGGUGGUUGCGGCUACGGCUUACAUUAUUUGGCAGGAGCGCAAUGCUAGGAUUUUCAAAAACCAGUUAAGACCUCCAGAGACUGUUGGUGCUCAUAUAAUACAAUUGGUUCGAUACAAAUUAAUGGGCGCGAGACUGAAGAAUACUGGUAAUGUUCGCAGGCUUCUAAGCGAAUGGGAUGUUCAUGGCAAAGAGAUAUUGGACGAUGGUGGCUAA